CUUUUAUUUUAUUUGGUUUCUGUUGCUGUUUUCAAACUCAUUGUUGCGGUUUCUGUUUUUCGUUUUGCUGUUGCCGCAUUUGUUUAAUAUCCGGCCAGGUUUUAUUUCGUAUCAGUUGUUAUUUUACCUGUACUCGGCCCAGACGCGCAUGCUUAUUUAAAGGCUUGCGCGAUGAUUCAAUGAUAUACGUAGUGAAAUUACACCGAAUUAAUUGCAAUACAGUGAGGUGUGUGUCGUAUUUUUAUACAGCUUUCGCCAAGGCUACUUUACUUUCACUUUACUUUCACUUUCGUCUUCUGAUAACAAAUUUUAUAUCUCAAGUUACUCCACAAAACUUCCACUACUUCUGUGAUCAAGAUAACGAUACAGGAGUCUAUACAGCCAACAGCACCUACCACACCAACCUCGACACCCUUUUGUCCACUCUCGUUUCCAAUACAGAAAUCCAUUACGGUUUCUACAAUUUCACAAACGGCGAAAACACUUUUAAAGUGUACGCCAUUGGGUUGUGUAGAGGAGAUGUUGAGCCAGAGAACUGCCGCACAUGCCUCAACGGUUCCAGGACCAAUCUCACUGAACUUUGUCCAAACCGAAAGGAAGCAAUUGGUUGGUACGAGGAUGAGAAGUGUAUGUUGCGCUACUCAGACCGCAAUAUAUUCGGACUUAAGGAAACUGGACCUGCUUUUUAUGCUAACGACGACAGAAAUGCAUCGGAUUUGGAUGAGUUCAUUAAAGAUGUCAACACCUUGCUACGUAACCUAAGCAGCAUAGCUGCAUUAGGUGACUCUCGUGUUAAGUAUGCUGCAGCUGGUACAUCAUCAGAUUCUAAGGUCAUAUAUGGUCUAGUUCAGUGCACACCGGACUUGGGAAACUCAGAGUGCGCUGAUUGCUUGUCUCAGUCCAUUGAACUUCUCCCGAUAGAUUGUUCUGAAGGCAAGAUAAGUGGUAGGGUUGUUAGACCAAGUUGUAAUAUUAGGUUCCCGAUAGAUUGUUCUGAAGGCAAGAUAAGUGGUAGGGUUGUUAGACCAAGUUGUAAUAUUAGGUUCGAAACCGAGAAGUUCUAUGGAGAUCCAGCAUUUGUACCACCAUCUCCUCCUCCUUCCACCACGGGUACUACUUCUUAUACUAUCUUAAUUAAUUCUAUUGCUCUUUCUGAACUAAACUCAUGCAUGUACAGUUUUUACCUGUGUUACAGAAUUUAUUUAAACAUUUUCUUCUUCCACCUCUAG